CUUCAGUUUGUGGGGCUGCUUGGGUGGGGGUCCUCCUAAGCUUAGGCGUCUGGGAUAAAGCGGGGGGCUCUAGCUGAGGCUGGGAGGGCGGUUUUCAAACUAGGCAGGUGGGAGUCCAGGGCGCUAGAAGUCUUCAGGGAUUAAAGAGAGCAGAGAACGAGAAGUGGUUGUGGAGGGACAGGUUUUGGGUGUUUUGAAAGGUGCUUCAUUCGUUGGGGAAGGGAAUAAAAUCUUGAAUAGGGACUGCCAAAAUUUUAUUUUUUAAAAACAUAGGGGUGCUGUGUUUCCCUUAGAAGAGAUUAGAGUCACUAUCUGCAUAAGCUAGGGUGGAUCUUUGGCAUGCUCCACGUUGGUUUAGUGGGAAGGUUCAGUGGGGAUCAUGCAAGGUUUAUGCAUCUGGGGUUGGUGACCGUUUGGAAGAGAAGGCUUCAUGGUGAAUAAAAAGGGAGGUUGAACUUUAGCUGCCAGAAGGCCCACACAGAAAAAAUUGUUAUUGGGGUGUAGGAGACAUUUUGCAAGAGAAAAUUGGAAAUGGAAUUCGUUUUGGGGCACCAGUUCAGGUGUUCCUAGAAGGAAUGGACUUCUUGAACGUGAAUGUUUAGUAGAAUUCUGAGAGUUGAUGAAACAGGUUGCCUCUGAUCUGUGUCACUUGGUCUGUGUCACUUGGAGUGAGUCGUUUCAUCCAGGAUCAACUCUGAAUCCUUUCCCCAUCUCUUCUUGGUGUGGUAUUUCAUCAAGCGUCUCUGAUGCCAGAACAAGGCCCCAGAAUGAACGGUUUCUCUCUAGGUGAGCUAUGUUGGCUCUUCUGCUGCCCACCUUGCCCCAGUCGCAUAGCUGCCAAACUGGCCUUUCUGCCCCCAGAGCCCACUUACACUGUGAUGCAACUAGAACAGCAAGAAGGUGCAGCUACAGUGGGGACGCCGACAAGCAGCUGUAGCCUGCAUUUGACUGAGCGGGCCGACUGGCAGUAUUCCCAACGAGAGCUGGAUGCUGUUGAAGUCUUCUUUUCACGCACAGCCCGGGAUAAUCGGCUGGGAUGCAUGUUUGUUCGCUGUGCUCCUUCUAGCCGGUAUACCCUGCUUUUCUCUCAUGGCAAUGCUGUUGACCUGGGCCAAAUGUGCAGCUUCUAUAUUGGCCUCGGCUCCCGCAUCAACUGCAAUGUCUUCUCCUAUGAUUACUCGGGUUAUGGAGUGAGCACUGGUAAACCGUCUGAAAAAAACCUUUAUGCGGACAUCGAUGCAGCUUGGCAGGCCUUAAGAACAAGGUAUGGUGUCAGUCCUGAAAACAUCAUUCUGUAUGGGCAGAGUAUUGGGACUGUUCCUACCGUAGACCUGGCAUCUCGGUACGAGUGUGCAGCUGUAAUCCUUCAUUCACCUUUGAUGUCUGGAUUGAGGGUAGCUUUUCCUGACACCAGAAAGACGUAUUGCUUUGAUGCUUUUCCAAGCAUUGACAAGAUUUCAAAAGUAACCUCUCCCGUUCUGGUGAUUCACGGUACUGAAGAUGAAGUCAUAGAUUUUUCGCAUGGUUUGGCAAUGUAUGAGCGGUGCCCCCGGGCUGUGGAGCCCCUUUGGGUAGAAGGGGCUGGCCACAACGACAUAGAGCUUUACGCACAGUAUCUAGAACGGCUAAAACAGUUCAUAUCGCACGAACUUCCUAACUCCUGAAGAAACCUACAGUACUUGAUUUUUUUCCUUUUUUUCCCUUUGCUUUUUUUUACCUCAUUUAACUGUGAAUAGAAGAAUUUACCUGUUUUUGCACAUGCAUUAACUGGAUUAACUGUAAUAGCUUUAUACUAUGAAGAAAAGCCCUUUUGUUAGGGUGGAUCCAAUCAAGUCUUGACUCUCCUUUUUUAUAUUGGGAAGCUGUUCUAAUGGUCACUACUGUAAUCCACAAUAUUUUGUACUUUCCUUACACUAGAAGAGUUGGAGAUGUAGAAGGACAAUGAAUGAAAGUGAGGACACUACUUAAUCUAAGUGCAGUAUAAUAUUUCCACAUUUUCCUGUCCUGCCCUUCAGGUAGCUUGUCUUAGAUAUCUGUAUGUAUAGGGUUUUUUUUUCCUCUUCCCCCUUUUUAAAAUCUUCCCAUGAUCUGGAAUGCAAAGGAUCUGGACCACAGCUUCAGUCUUAGAGCAUUUUCCAUGUAACAUUUUAAAACUGUGUUAUUGUAACUGGAAAGGAUUUUUGUGGUGAUUUCACAUUGUGUUUCUUAGAGGCGCAUUUUUGGAGACUUUUCCUUCCUAACUACAAUAAUUAAUUAAAAUUUCUGGGAAAUGCCCACAGUUGGUACACUGAGAUAAUUCUCGAGCAACAUUUCAAUUGACCUUUUGCAAAUUUAUGAAAUGAAACACUUGGAAAGGUAUAAUGACUAAAUGGAUAAACGUUUUAAUUAAAAAAAAACCAAGAAAUGUACAAAUUUACUAACCCCAUUGCUAAGAUAAUGUUCACUAUCUUGAAUAAGAGCCAGCUUUGGCAGUUACUUGUGUGAGGCGUUCCUUAUAAAAGUUUUUUAAAAUACUGUAUAUAAGUGAGUUUACUUUAAUGCCUAACUCCUGACAAUUUUUAAAUUUAAGUCUAGUUAACAAAUUCUGGUUUGUAUAUGAAUAUGUUUUGUUAAUAAGUUUUUAUCCCUGCCUUGCUUUGCUAUUAAAAGUUUUAUAAGAUUUCCAGGACAACUAAGAAAAUUGCACAUUUGUUUUUGAUGAAUUUGUGUAACUCUUUCAUUGAAACUGAUCCUUUUUUUUUUGUUGUUUGUUUAGGGGAAAUUUUUUCAUUCUGACACUGGAAUUGCACAGAAUAUGCAAAACACUCUUAAAAUCAUUACACUAAGAGGCCUAAGGUUUUGUCCCCAAAUUGAAUGGCCUUAAAUGUACUGUAAGCCUUUGAUUGUUGUACAAACAGAUUGCAAUUGAUUAUGGUUUGUGUUUUUGUUGCCAGAAUGCAACAGCAGUGGUUGUAAUGGAAUAAAGGAUGCAUGGAAUAGUGAUUAUCA